AUGGCAGCGCAGACGAUCUCACCAUCAGAGCGCAUCCGCGAGCUCUCGGCGAUCAACAGCGAUGCCGCAACUCUGCCCACACACGCUGGGCUCGCAAUCAACGCGCUGACCAACAGACCUCUCACUUCCGCCGAUAACGACACGCAGAUGAGCGAUACCUCGAGCGCUACCGUCGAGGCGCGCAAAGCAGCUUUCACAGACCACACAAAGUCCUUCGUCGAGAAUCUGCAGGCCGUAUCUGCUCGACUGAGACGGCAAGCGAUCGCGCUGGAAGAGGCAGGUAUCAUCACAUCCGACAACAGCAACUUGGGAACGUCUAUACCACGAGCUAUGCCGCGUCCUGUUGGUGCUCCACAGCCAGGACCGAGUGCGAAGCCUGCUGGAGCGCCAUCGCAGGCCGCACGUAACGAACCGGAUCGCAUCACGAAUGGUGGUUUGGGCAAGUUCGAUGUAGCGUCGUUGAACAGUCGCGGGAACAAGGUGGGUGAGGAAAAGGAAGCGGAAUUGAUGCAGGAGGCGAAGGAGUUGCUGGAGUCGGCGCUGGAGAGAAUGAACAAUGGCGCUUGA